AUGGUACGUUUACUUAAAAAUAAUUAUUUAAUUUUUUUCAAUAGAUAGGUACAUUUUUAUUUCUACAUACAUGUUUAGACCGAAAACCGCAAAGGAACCGUUAAGGUAGAGUACCUACGCCAGAUCGAAAAAGAAAUCCAAUUACAAUGGGAGCAACAGAAAGUAUAUGAAGCAGAUGCACCACCAGCUAAUUGUAAAAAAAUCACUGGAAAAUAUUUUGCUACAUUUCCUUUUCCUUACAUGAAUGGCAGACUACACUUAGGUCAUACGUUUUCCCUUUCUAAAUGCGAAGUAAGAUCAUUUAAAAUCAAAACAUUAAAUCUUAGAUGUUAGAUACUAAAUUUAAAUUUUAUUUUCAGUUUGCAGUCAGAUAUCAGCGUCUGAAAGGUAAACAAGUUUUGUUUCCUUUUGGGUUCCAUUGCACGGGCAUGCCAAUUAAAGCAUGUGCCGAUAAAUUGAAAUGGGAAAUUCAAACCUUUGGCUGUCCACCAGAGUUUCCAGAUUCUGAUAAUGAAGAAAUUGAGGUCGAAGUGGAUACUGACAUUAUUAAGGACAAGAGUAAAGGGAAGAAGGUUAUUAUCAAUUUUAACAGACAAAUAUUAAGUAUCAAAUAUAUUGUAAUAUAAACAUUAUUGUUUAGAGUAAAGCUGCAGCAAAAGGAAGUAAAGCUAAAUAUCAAUGGCAAAUCAUGAAAAGUUUAGGCUUUGAAGAUGACGAACAAAUACGUAGUUUUGAAGAUCCUUUAACAUGGUUGAGUUAUUUUCCUCCAUUAGCAGUUAAUGAUCUUAAAAGUAUUGGUAUUCAUGUAAGUGUAUAAAAUUGAAUAGUUAUAUGUAUAUAACUAUUGUAAUUUUAAUUUAAAUGUUAAGGUUGAUUGGCGCAGAACAUUUAUAACUACAAAUGAAAAUCCAUUUUUUGAUAGUUUUGUUCGUUGGCAAUUUUUACGCCUCCGAGAUAAUAAUAAAAUAAAAUAUGGAAAACGAUAUACAGUUUUUUCUCCCAAGGAUAAUCAACCAUGCAUGGACCAUGAUAGAGCUAAAGGUGAAGGAGUUGGUCCACAGGAAUAUACUCUAGUUAAAAUGAAAGUUGUACAACCUUAUCCUGAAAAACUAAAGUUCAACACAAAGUAUUAAUGGCUUUUUAUUUCUUUUAUAGUUCUGUUUUAGUUCUAUAUAAAUAUAAAUUAUUUACUUUUUAUGAUUUUACUAUUGUUUUAAGGUCCUUGGAAAAUAAACCUGUGUUUUUAGUAGCUGCUACUUUACGUCCAGAAACAAUGUAUGGUCAAACCAAUUGUUGGGUACAUCCUGACUUAGAAUAUGUUGCUUUUAAUAGCAAUGAAAACAUUUUGGUUUGUAGCGAAAGAUCUGCACGGAAUAUGUCAUACCAAGGAUUCACAGCCAAAAAUGGCGAGUAUGAAAUUAUCACCAAACUUAAAGGCCAAGUAAUUAUUAUUAAAAAAAUACAUUUUUGAAUAUUUAUAAAUUAUUAUCAAAUACUAUUUUUUUAGGAUAUUCUUGGCAUUAAGUUAAAUGCACCUCUUAGUUUUAAUGAAAUUAUAUACACUUUACCGAUGUUAUCAAUCAAAGCUGAUAAAGGUACUGGAAUCGUUACAAGUGUUCCUUCGGAUUCACCUGAUGAUUAUGCCGCAUUAACUGAUCUAAAAAAGAAACCAGCUUUCCGCGAAAAAUAUUACAUUACUGAUGAAAUGGUCCUUCCUUUUGAACCUGUGAGUUAAUUAAAAUGUAGUUAUAUUUUUUUGAAUAAGUUAUUUAAUAAUAUUAAUAACUGCUCUUGUUUAAUAGUUGAUAUUUUCUCUAGUCUAAUUUGUGGUAUUAUUGUUAACUUAUUUUCUUAUUCAAUUAGAUACCUAUAAUUGAAAUCCCCGACUAUGGAAACUUAUGUGCUGUUACAGUUUAUAAUGAAUUGAAAAUACAGAGUCAAAAUGAUAAAGAAAAAUUACAACUAGCUAAAGAGAAAGUCUAUUUAAGAGGAUUUUAUGAUGGUGUAUGUUUAAAUCACAUUCAUAGUUUUUUCUGGUUUUUUUUUUAUAGAUAAUGAUUUUAAUUUUCAGAUACUCAUUGUUGGUGAAUUUAAAAACCAAAAAGUACAAGAUGUUAAAAAAAUUUUACAAAAAAAGCUUAUAGACACUGAUCAAGGAGUUAUUUAUUAUGAACCUGAAAAAACUAUAAUAUCUAGGUAGUCAUAGAUUUUGAUUUUAAAUGUACAUUUGUAUUAUAAUUUAUUAUCAAUUGUAUUUGUAGGUCUGGUGAUGAAUGUGUUAUUGCAUUGUGCGAUCAGUGGUAUUUAGAUUAUGGUGAAGCAGAAUGGAAAGCUGCAGCAGAAUUAGCAUUAAAGAAUAUGAAUACUUACCACGAUGAGGUUAGGAAAAAUUUUUCAUUGUGUUUAAACUGGUUACAUGAAUAUGCUUGUUCUAGAACAUACGGUUUAGGUAAUAUUCUGUUUUUUAAUUUAAUUUUUAAUUCUGUUACAAUUAAAUUAUUAAAUUAUCAGUUUUAAUUUUAAAGGGACCAAAUUACCAUGGGAUGAAUAUUGGUUAAUCGAAUCUCUAUCAGAUUCAACUAUAUAUAUGGCCUAUUAUACUGUUGCACAUCUUUUACAAGAAGGAACGUUCAAAGGAGAAAAUGGAAAUCGUUUUAAUAUCAAGUGAGUUAAUGUUAGUUAUUACUAGGGCGCGGAUUUUAAUGCCCUAAAAAAAACCUAAAAAUGCCUUAGUGAAAAUACAAUUAUGACCUAAAAAAUUCAAUUAAUGACGUAAAAAAAUGCACAACAUUUUUUUAUUUCAUUAAAAUUUAAUUAAUGACAUAAAAAAUGUACUAAAAAUAUGAACUUAAAAUAUGAAAAAUAAUUAUAAAAAAUGCUCUAAAAUUGUUUUACUUUAUUUGAUCAAUGCUUACAGCUGUUUCUUGAUUUUAUAUUUCUUGUAUUUUAAUGGUCAUGUUAAACUGAAAAUUAAUUUUAAACCAUUAAAUUAAAAAUAGUAUUAGGUAUAAACAGUCAAAUUUAAAAAAAAAAAAUCUGCUUUUUUAUAAUAUUUAAGUAUUUUACCUUGAGAUAGUAUGUGAUGGUUGCANAAAAUUUCUUUCGACAUCUACAGAGGUGAUUGGUGCAAAUUUCAUGUAGGUCAUAUCAUCAAACGUGAAGUCUUCAGGAACGGUAUCUUCAUCUCGUGAAACAGUUUUUCCCUCCAUAAUAUUCUUAAUGUUUUUAAUAGCUUUAAAUCCGUUAUUUUUUUUCAAUACAGCUUCAAGUUUUUUUUGUAUUUCUUUACCUUGACCACUGUUUCGAUUAAUAAAAACUUCAGCUUCAUCAAAUAUAUUUAUUGCGUCAAUUACAGAAAGUCCAGAUUUUUCAAGACGUGUAAUGCAAGUGGGUAAACUACCGUAGUUGGUUUUCACAAAUGCCAAACUUGCCUCCAGUUCUUGCUUAGCCAAUAGCUCUUGUGACUUUUUAAUAGCUGUAAAGUCAUUUUUUUUGAGUUCGUUUACAACUGCCUUAAUUACAUGGAAAUGUUCAAAAUAGUAAUUUGCUGCUGACAGCCAAGUACCCCAGCGAGUUAAAAUAGGUUCUGGCGGCAUCGAAAUUUCGGGUGCAAUAUUCUUAAGUAGAAGUACACGAGACGGAGCUUUAAGAAAAAAUUUUUUAACAUUUGAUAUGAGAGCAUCAAUUUCGGGAAAAUUAUUUUGAAUUUCCUCAGCAAUUCUAUGCAAUCCGUGAGCUAUGCAAGUGACGUGGAUUAUUUUCGAAUAUAAUGCGCUGAUACUUUUUGCAGCCUUAACCAUGUAUGGCGCUGCAUCACUUAAAAAUAAUAAAACACUAUCAUGUUUAAUACCAGUAGGCCACAAAAUACUCAUAGAAUUCUCAAAUAGUUUUGCUAUUGUACUAAAGUUUGCUUUUUCCAAAACUGCAGUCUAAUAAAAAUGUUUUACCAGGGCAAUUAUUUUCCAAUGUUCCAACAAUAACGUUAGCGACAUAUCGGCCUUCAACGUCAGUCGUUUCAUCUAUGCUCACCCAAAUCUUUUUGUUUUCUACGUAUGCUCUAAUUAGAAGCAAGAGUUUCAUCAUAACAAGUACUUACGUAGUUUUUUUGGAUAGUAGACUCAUCAGGAAUUUGCUGAUUCAUAUAUUUUUCCAAAAAAUUUCGAAAAUUUUGAUUGUUUUAGUUUGGCUAGUGGAAUAUUUGAUGACAAUAUGGCAAAACAUAAAUCUUUAUUGAACGAAUUAGAUAACGUGUCGGUAAAAACGGUUGAGUUUAAUAUUUUGUAUUUUUCGCUUUAUUCAUUUCCAAACCUUUAACAUGUUUAUCUCUUGAUAAAUGUUGGGUAAUCGUAAAUUUUUUUUCUGACGCAACUUUUACAUUACAUAUUUUGCAAAACAAAAUUUUUCCGUCAGUCAAAAAAACAUCCUCACCAAAUUCGUUUAUAUACGCACGUAAAUGAAGUAAUGAUGAUGGCUUGACUUUAGGCAUAAUGUUAAAAAGAUGAAAAAGACUUAAUUGUAUCCACCAAAAUAAAUAAAACUGUUAUUUACAAACGUCAAACGCACGACACUACGACAGUAACUCGGUAAAACACGACUGUUUUCGUUUGAAUACUAGAAAUAGCUGAUUAGAACGAUAUGUAUAAAACUAUAUUUCGUUGAAAAACAGAAAUUCCGUCCACUGACGGGACUAUUAAUAGUAUGGCUAGGCCCACUAUGUACACUAUACACACAUAGUCCGUUUUAUUGUUAUCGACGUUAUCGUCAUCAACUAUUGUCAUUUACCAUAAUUCAUAUAUGACAGACGAUAAAGUGUAGUUUUCAAUAAUUUAGUAAAAGAAAAAUAUUGAAUACUUGAAAUUUUUUUAUUUCUCCAAAAAUGCUACAUUUUUCAAAAAUAUGAAAAUAAUAAACUUAAAAGUAGCGAAAAUCACCAAAAAUGCAUUAAAGAAGUUAAAACAAAAAAAAUGCAAAAUAAAAAUUGAAUUAUAUGAAUCUACAUUACUUGAAACGGAGCAUUGUGUAAGGAUUUAGGAAAAAAAAUGAAUUUUGCAUUGAAAUCGGCGCCCUAGUUAUUACGUAUACAAUUAAUUGUAAUUAAGUGGUAAUAAUCAAUGUAUAAAUUUUAAGUACUUACACAUUAAUAUACUAUACUCAGCUUUUUCAUUUUUAAUAUAUCUUUUAUUAGCUAUAUAUUAAAUAUUUUAGCAGUGUUGGAAAAUGUCUGUUUAAAAAUGACCUCAUUCUCUUCCCCACAUAUUGCCCAAUGACCUGUGUCAAAAUAUUUUAAAAGAGUUUAAAAUGCUACUCUAUGGAAAUAAUGUAGAGACUGACAUAUUGGAAACUUAAUUUUAAAUCAUAUUCCAGUUACAUUAAUUACCCAUUAGGACUGACAGAAACUUUAUAAAUAAAAAAAAUAUUCAAAUACUACCAACAAACUAAAAUAUUAUAAAUUACUUUGCUAAAAAAAUGAACUUAUUCUUUAGUGGAACUGAAUAUUUAUACUAAAUAAUAUUGUAUGACACUGUUUACAAAUAACUUUAUAUUGAUUCUUAUGGAUUAAGGAUAGAUAUUUUUUUCUAUUUUAGGCCAGAAGAGUUGACACCAGAAGUUUGGGAUUAUAUAUUUUUAGACCAGAAAAGCUAUCCAAGAACAUGUACAAUUAAAAAGAAAAAACUAGAUACCAUGAAACGUGAAUUUGAGUACUGGUACCCAGUAGACUUGCGUUGUUCUGGAAAAGAUUUAAUUCAGAAUCAUUUAACAUUCUUUAUAUAUAAUCAUUGUGCAAUGUGGGCAAAACAUCCAGAACUCUGGCCAAGGAGUAUACGCGCAAAUGGACAUUUAUUAUUGAAUUCAGCUAAAGUAUAUAAAUAUAUAUAACAAUAUAAUAUAUAUAUAUAUCAUAGGUUUUUACUAUUAUUUAUAUAUUUUGUUUAUGAAGAUGUCUAAAUCUGAUGGUAAUUUUAUGACACUGGAAGAAGCAGUCAAUAAAUUUAGCGCAGAUGGUAUGAGGUUUUGUUUGGCUGAUGCUGGAGAUUCCAUUGAAGAUGCAAAUUUUGUAGAAAAUAUGGCGGAUGCCGGUAUUUUAAUUUUAUUAAUUUUAUAUAUUUAAACAUUUAGUUAUUGCUUUGAACUGUGUAUAAGAAUGACAAAUUUAUUUUUAGGUAUUUUAAGGCUUUACACAUUUAUUGAAUGGGUAAAAGAAGUGUUGGCUUCUAAAGAAACUCUACGUAAAGGUCCCAAAGAUUCGUUUACAGAUACUGUAUUCAUGAGGUGAUUGAGAUUUGUACACAAUUUUUAUUAUAUUAUGUCAGAAUAAGUUUUUAAAGAACAAUUUUUUUUUCAGCGAAAUCAAUCUUAAAAUUCAACAAACUGGAGAAUUUUAUGAACAACUUUUAUUCAAAGAAGCUCUAAGAACUGGCUUCUUUGAAUUACAAGCUGCUCGUGAUAGAUACCGUGAGCUUUGUGGAAAUCCUGAACUUGGAGGUGAAUGUAUGCACAAAGAUUUAGUGUUACACUUUAUCAGAAUCCAAACUAUUUUGUUAGCUCCAAUUUGUCCACAUGUAGCUGAACAUAUUUAUAAGCUGUUGGGAAAUGUAAAUUUUUAACAAAUUGUGUAAUUUAAUUUAAUUUAAUUUUUAAAUACAUUUUUAUUUAAUAGACCGAAAGUGUAGUUAAAGCUAAAUGGCCACAAGCCAAUACUGUUGAUUAUAAGCUACUUCAAAGUGUUGAAUACUUAAUGGAGGCGGCCCAUUCAUUUAGACUACAACAGAAAAAUAUAUUAAAUGUAGGUGCUAAAAAAAAAAAAACAGUUGUCAAAGAGGUGGAAAAACCAACAAAAGCUUUGGCGUGGGUUGCGAAAACUUUUCCUCCAUGGCAAACAACAAUAUUGGAGAAAAUGAAAGAGCUCUACAUCGUAUGUCCUUAUAAUUAUUUGGCUAUUAAUUAUAUGCCUUUUGACUUUAAAUUAAGUUAUAUAUAUAUAUAUAUAUAUAUAUAUAUAUUGUUUAAUGUAGGAUAAUGCUAAUGUAUUACCAGACAAUAAAAUUAUUUCAUCUGCUCUGGGGAAGAUAGAACUUCUUAAAAAGUAUAUGAAGCGAGCUAUGCCAUUUGCACAAAUGGUUAAAGAAAAAUUAAUCAAGAUUGGUGAUUCUGCUUUUAAUGUAAAAUUAGAUUUUAAUGAAAAACACGUACUUGAAAUCAAUAAAUCUUAUCUAGAAAAUACAUUGGAUGUUAGUAAUAGUAUACAUAAUAGUUUAAAAUAUUUUUGUUUUAAACAAAUAGUUGUUAAAUGUACAUAUUUCUUUCUAGUUGGAAAAUCUUGAAGUUAAAUAUUCUGAUAGCAAUGAAGCACCUGAAAAUAUUCGUAAUGAAUGUUGUCCAGGUCAACCAUACAUAACUUUUUUGCCGCCAGACAUAUCAUUGCAGUUGUUUAUAGUUAAUCCUCAACCACAAAAACCAUAUUUCCAAAGAGACCUUGCUGUGUAUAAUGGUGAUACUGUAGAUAAAUUAAUUAAGAGAUUAAAGAAAUCUGAUCCUAAACUAAGUAAGUGUGAACUUUAUGUAAUAUCAUAGUAAUAUUAUGUUGGCAUUAUAUUAAUAUAUUUAUUAUUUUUGUUAAUUUAUUCAAUAGUGUCUAGCCAAAUUACUUUGUGGCGGUAUAAAGAUCCUGUUUUGGGGCCCAGAUUGAUACCUAAUUACUUAAAUCCAACCGAGAAUAAUAUCAUGAUGACACCAAAAACAAUAAUAUUCAUUAAUGUUGAAAAACAACUUAUUGAAUACGAUGAUGGUCAGUUAAAACAACUACUCGGGAAUUCUAUUAUUUACAUUGUACAAUAAUAAUUUUGUGGAAAAUGGACAUUUUAGUUUUAAUAUUUGUAACUAUGUGUGAGACAAAAAAUAGUUCUAUUUUAUAAUUAAAUCUAUACUACAGACUGGAAUGUGUAAGUGUAAGUGCAUCCAAUAAAUUAUUUUAAUUAUUUUUUGAAUGGUAUUACAUUUUUUAUAAUUUUAAAUAUAUUAAUAAAUUAAAUUGCAUAGUUUCAAAUAAUACAAUGUUUUCCUUAUUUUUGUUUUUUUAUUGAUUAUCCAAUAUUCAACAAAAUAAGGUAUACAAAUAAAUCAGAAUCAUCAAUUAACAUUAUCAUUAACAAAAUAAAAGUAAGAAAAAUUAAUCUUAUACAACAAAAAUAUAUUAUUAGUAUUAUAUCUGAUACCUCAAAUAACUGAAUGUGGUGUUUUUGCAAUUGCAAGGUACACAGUGGUCUUAAGUUGGUCCCACAUGACUGAUGUACCUGGCCAAUAUUUAUCACUGGUCAAUAUUGGUCUUUGCUCUCAUGGCUUUUGUAUACUUAUAAGUAUCAUUGUCUAGCACUGAUAUAGACUUGUCAUGGUAAUUGUAUAUUUUCCCACACAACUGUUGAUAUGUUCAUCGAUUCAAAAUAAUAUGUCCUACACCACAAUUAUAUAAUUUGUAUACAGAUUACUCAUAUGGCCAGUCAAAUACCAAUUACUAUACCGUGUGUAAGCAAAUGCCAAGUUUAAUGUAAAUAUUGGUGAUCCUUUUGGUGACCAUAGGCUAAUGACCAACAAUUGUACUUGUAAAGCCUCUCAUAGUCUCAUACGACUGGCGUGUUGUCACUAGAAACGAAUACUGGCCAAGUACACCAGUCGUGUGGCUUAAAAUACAAUAUUUGGUAGAAAAAAUAAGUGUUUGGAAAGACGAAAAUAUCUAUAGUUUGGUAUUUAUACAUGGUUUUCUUUGACAAAUGCAGUAACUUGUUCUGUUCAAUAUUUUUAAUUUUUAUUAUAAUUGCUAAAGCUUUCCUCUAUGAAUAUUCUUUUUUAUGGUUUUUAAAACAGGUAAAAGUCUAUUCCUUACAUAAAUUAUAAGCUACAUUAACCUCAUCAACUAGACAGAUAUAAAGGUCAAUAUUGCAAACAGAAAAUCACAACCUGUGAGAGUGAUUACAAGAGUCCAGUAAGGAGAUGCAGUUCAUAAAAGAAGAAUGAGAAAUGAACGUCUCUGUAGGAAUUGCUAUUGACAAUCGCUGAAUAAUUAUUCGACAAAAGAACUCUUAACUUUGCAUAUGCGGACAAAAUCUCUUUCAUUGAAAAAAUAUGUAAGAGACAAUUAAGGGGCCAUUAAAUCAUUUUGGCGCCAUUGUUUUACCGCGAGAUGUUUUUUUCGUUUGAAAUCUAGCACCACAUCUUGAUUAUUUUUCAACAUAAGUGGGUUUGUUCUUUACUAGUAUACAGGGUAAUUCACUAAGUAUGCUCACCCCAUUUUUUUAAAUUAAAUUUUGCAUAAAUAUAAAUUCUGAUUUCUGGAAUUUUAAGUGUAGUUAAAGCCAGGGCCGGCUUGAAUGUUUAAACACACCUAAGCAAACUUAAGUUAUUCCACCUUUAAAUAUAGGUAGGGGGAGAGUAGUGGAGUAUCAUUUGUGUGUAUCAUAGUUUCGUGUAACUCAGUUACUUUUGUAACUUUUUACAAGUUAGGUAAUCAUUUUUAAUUUAACUUUUUUACUAGUUUCAAAUUUUCCUGUAACUAUAUGAAAUUUUAAAGUAACAAUUAAAUAAAAGUUACAUUGUACUUUUGUGAUUUGAUAAUUUAUAAGUGAGACUGCAAAAUCAAAAAAAAAAAAUAUAUUUAAUUCGUCUAUUUUGAUUUUUUUGGAUAUUCAGUGGUUAUACGAUUAUAGUUGAUUAUCACACUAGUAUCCACUAUUCAGAGAAAGUUCAUUUUGGAGUUAAAUAUUCCAAUUUUCUAAAAUGUCCACAAUUACGAGCAGACACUAUAUAUAUUAUAUUUUGAAAUUAACCCCACCUCAUAUCCCCCACUCACAUACUUACUCUUUUGUUGACUCAAAUAUAGACAAAUUUAAAGUAUUAAAACAUUCAGACGCUCACGCUCACUAAAACUUUAUCCACUUUGUCAACUUUGUCUACUUUAUUCAUAGGUGUCUGCCAAUACCGUAACAAGUUUUUUUUUUUGAUGGGGAUGCACUAAUCAUUUGUAUGUAAGCAACUAUUUUAUAGAACGAUAAAAUAUACCGAAAUAACCAAUAAACAAAGAACUAUAUAACUUAUUAUAUAGCCAUUAAAUCAUCCCUUCUCAACAAUUACGUAAUUGAGUUAGUGGUUAGGACGUUAGGUCAGUUAAGCAGAGUCUCAAGUUCAAAACCCUGUGGCGCACAGUGGUGUGAAUCGAAAAUUAGCAGGCGAAAACCUACUUUUAAAAAUGCAAUAAUUGUAAUAUUUGAUAUCAAAUAUAUAUGUAUGAUCAAUCACCUAAUUACUCAAUAUUUCAUAAUGAGACCCUUUUUUAUAUUAUCAAAUCAAUAAAACUACGCUAAUUUCACAAAAAUGUUGAUAAAUUGCUUAUAGCGUGCUCUAUUCAGACAUUCACGUUAGGUCAUUUGUACAUUGUACUCAAGCCCGGAUUAACAUUAUCAUAGGCCAUAGGCAUCAAUAACCAAAAAAAAAAAAUAGUCAACAGUAAUAAUUGUUAGAUUUGCCAAAAAUAAGCAAUAAGAAAGAAAAAAAAGUCAUAUACAUUUAUGUUAUAUACCCUAGGCUGCCUAGCGCUAACUUUUUAUAUGGUAAUAAUUUUCAACAAAUCUUAAAAACAAUUUAUUUUACUCCAAAAUAUAUAAAAUUAAACUGUCAAAAACCAUAAAAACAACUUCUUUUAUACCAUUUUGUAUAAUGUAUAUUAUUAUUAUUAUUAUUUUUAUAUUAUUUCUAUCCCUCCAUCAUUGGUGGCUCGAAGUAUUUUUACUUCGAAUCAGCUAUUUAAUUUUCCAUAAUUAUUUUAACAUAAUAUGACAUACAUAUUGUUGAUAAAGCAACACUAUUAACCUAACUCCGUUCAGAAUCGUUUUUCAUUAGUAUUGACUACAAUGGAUAGUCGUUACGUAUAGAUAUACAUUAAAUUUCCCCUCUACCACCUUCCCAACUUUUUACCUAAAACAGUGGCUUAGUUGCACCCGUCGCCAUUAAUCUAGGACAGUUUUUUUUUGUGUUAAGUCAAGUUUUAAAUGAUAUUUUUCAAAACAGUGACCAAGGAUGGAAUUGAAGUAAACAAAUAUUGGAAGCACAAAGUAUAAUAACAAUUAAACAAAAUCUAAUAUACCGCUAUCCGAAAGCUGCGUGCUCUGUCACCACACAUAUCAUAUCAUUACACUUAUCUUUUCUUAUCCAAACUUAAAAAAGAAAUAUAUCGUCAACAGAAAUCGAAAACUAAAACUUAAUCUAUUUAUGAAAUUUUUAAUAUAAAUUGAUAUUUGAAAAUCAAAAGUAGGUAGUGGUUUCACACAUAAAAAUAAGGAUGACAAUGAUACUGUUACAUUUUUGAGCUGUUUGGUUCAUUAUACUACACAAAUACUACAAACUACCCCUAUUAAUGCAGGCAACGGUUUUUAUCACGUUGGUAAGGAUGUUACCUCGGUAGGUACUAUAUGUAUAGAAAACUUUUCUACCAGUUUUUUAAUCUUUGAAACGGUAAUUAUUGUAACGGUUUGAUUCUAAAAUGACAAGAGACUUUUUUGUUGCAUUUUGGAUCUAGUCGGUACUUAUUACUAUACUAUACUAAAAUAAUUAUAGGAAAGUGGACAAAUGUUUAUAACGCCCCACAAUGAGACCAAAUUCAUUUCUAGUCUGACAAAAAGACAAAAAUCUAUUAUUACUCAACUAGGAAGGAAUCAUAAAUAUAUUUUAAUUAUAAAUGUAUGCAUGCAUAACUAUACUGACUAUUUUUAUUAGGUCUUUUUUGUUGAGUACAGAAUUAUAUAUUUUAUAUCGACCAGUGACGUGUGUAGAGGAAGAGGUUAGGGGUUGUGUACUCCCUAACCUAUUUCCAUGAAUAGAGUUAAGUAUUCGAGAUUAGAUAUAUAAAUUUAUCGAUUAGAUGACGGUACACAAGAGGCCAUCUAUAAAGACAAAGACGAUAAAAAUGAAUAUAGUAUGAAAAAUAAAUUUGAAAAACAUUUUUAAAUAUUACUUAAUUACAUUUUAAUAAGUUGAUUAAGAUAAAAAAAUAAUUUUGUCCAGCUAGAAUUUAAUUUGGUCCCACUGUCCAGCGUGUGCCGCAGCGAUACCAAUUUCAUUAUUUAAAAUGUUUAGGUUUUAUGUUAUUUACCAGAAAUUUUGAUUUAAUAAAAAAUGGCGUUGACCAUUUUUGUAGCAUUUUGAAUCUAGUUGAUUAAUAAAGUAUUUUUUGAUUUUUCGUGUAGUUUAUUUAAUAAUUGAGCAAAACCGGAAAAAACGUAGAAAGAAUGAGAAUAUGUUUACGAAAAUAAUGAUUUAAUUAUUUUUGAUUUUGUUUGUUGUCAAUCAGUUAAAAAUAUUCGUAGACUUAAAACUUUUGUUAGAAAACUUAUGUUGAUUUUUUCCAAACUUGGAAACAAUUUCAAAAUAUUUUCAAGCUCUUUAUUAAUAUUUUACAUUAAAUCGUUUUUUACGUAAGUAGUUUUUCUUUGGUCAGUACUACCUUAAAGUAGGUACGUGGAUAAAUUGUUUAACCAAACAUAAAUACUUGAAAAUUUAAUACGAGGUUUAUAUUAUAACUAAGUUCUACUAUUAGUUGUAAAAAAAAUCAGCGGAAUGAGCGGAAUGUAAUAGUUUUUUUUUUUUUCAUAAUUGUUUUAAGAUCAAAUUUUGAUGAACAUCGUAAAUGUUACGUCAUAACAUUGCAAAUAAACUGAACUUAUAUACGUCAUCGAUACCAUGAACUCUACAAUACGGCCCUGGCGGCGCACUUUGUAAUCAUAAAAACAACAAUAUUACUCAUAGUAAUAAUCAUAAUGAUGCGUUUCGAGUUCUACAUGUAGAUUUGUGUUUGCGCGCGGGUUUAUACGGCCGACACCGGUACGCAUUACUCAGGUCGUUCACCCGACGCUUCGUUUGGGGGAGCGAACAGCACCAGUUUUUACGGUCAGCGGGUACGAGUGGUGGUGAGAGGCCGACGGCUCAACGGACAACGACUCUGGUCCCGGGUCAAUGUCGGUGUUUUUGCCACCCCUCGCCACAGCACUCACGCGUCUCAACCGCCUGCUUGUUUUAUUUUUGUCCCACCUACCCCAUUCAUGAGUAACCCAGCUAACAGUAAAUUGGUCCAAAUUUUGGACUCAAAUAAUUCGUACCUACACAACUACGAAUAAUACUAAUAAUAAUUAUAAACGAUUAAAGAAACAAAGAUCACUUUGGCAAUAAUAUUUGUUUAAUUAUUUUAUACAUCGUUAAAACGUGAUGGGGAUCCGCUUUCGGGAAAACGGUAAAAUUACGAUUAAAAUCCGCAUGGGUGCGUAGAAUAUUUGUUAAUCGAGUGGGGGAAAAAAUAAAAACAAAAUCACAGAGGUGGAACAUAAUAUUAUUUUAGGUACGGCAAGAAAAUUCCCGUCAGCGACAAAUCCCCGGUUACGGUGGCACUGCGUAUGAUUGUAGGCGUGGCGGGCGAGCGGCACAACACAAAAAUGUGUUGAAUGAAGGUUCCAAUACCAAAGACGCCAUUUUGUGUAUUCGAUGUGAUGUUUGAUAAAAAAAAACUUUACGAUUUCGCUGCAGUUUUUGCGUCGUGUUAGUUUUUGUUCGCAAUAAUAAUUAUUUGUAAAUACAUUUUUUCGGAAGUGAUUUUAUUCAAUUGUCACGCGUGCACCCAUUUGGACGGACCUAAGUGAGUACCGAUUUUCUCGUUCGACCCCGUCUCCUAACAUGCAUUGCAUGUAAUCUGCCAAUAAUAUUGCUACUAAAUAAAUGUCGGAUUGUUCUGUAUCACCGUUGUUACGAUCAAAUUUCCAUGGAUUUCGGUAGAAACAAUUACAAACCAACUCAAAGUCCAUGCCCCAGCCCCCGCCCCGACUCCGAUGGUGUUCUGGCUCUCGGGAUAGAUUCAUAUAAUAUUAGUUAUUACAAGCCUUUGUCUUGUGAACGUCAUCUUUUAUCUGUUUUUGGAGACUCGAUCGGAUUCUUUAUACAAAUUUGCCUGCCGUGUUUCGAAUCUGCAAUCAUUUUUCCCCUGAUAAAUGUUAAUACUGCCCUUGACUCAUUAGUGUCUACUUAUUGUUUUGCAAACACAUUCCGAUGUUCAGUGUCAAUUGUUGAUUAUUAGUUAAUAAGACAUUUUUAUACUGUACUAUACACAGCGUCUUCUAGCCAAGGUAAAGAACUUUUUCUUGUUUGUUUUUGCUGAUUGCUUUUAUAGCAAUACAUCUAAAUAAAUUAAAUAGUUUCCUACAGUCUACUACUAUAAUCGUUGAUUUAACAUAGUAAAUAAUGUCAAAAUAUAUAAUAUCUUCCGUUUUUGGAAACCUGUAUUUUUUCAACUUAAAAUAUAUUUCCAAUUUCCAAUAGUGUCUCCAACAAGUAUAAAUACUACCCUUUUGCUGUUUAAUAUCUACCCAUAGUUAUUGUGCUUGUACUCAUGAGGUUAACAAUAUUUAAGUGUUAUAUACAAAUUUAAUGUAUCCAAUUCUGCACUAUACAACAAGUUAAACAUUUAAACAUGUUCUUAAGCCUUAUUGAAUUGUUAACACAUUUUAAUACAUGAACAUUGUUAAUCCUUAAUGGAAAAAUUUCACACAUAUUUAGUGGUCAAGGUUAAUUUUUGUUUUUGUUUUUCAGUGCAUGCUCUGAUUACAAAAUAGUAGGUUAUAGUUAUCUAGAUUCCAAAAUUCAAAGUAUUAAAUAAUCAUAAUCAAUGUAUACAGUGUCAAGCAUUGACCAUUAUAAAGUAGAUUUUAUGUAAGUUUGAAACCUUUGUUUACUCUUUAUGCAUAGUAUCUACCAACCAUUCUAACCUAUUCAUAUCGAUGAAGGUAUUGUAAUUUGCAAAACAGUUGCAGAUAAGUUUUAUUGGACUUUAAGUGGAUUAAAAAAAUCCAUCCCAGGUAUUUUCAUUAUUUUUAAUAUAUUUAAUAACUAGCUUCUACUUGUUCUUAAUAUCUUUGUUUAAAUAUAUUUUUAAAUUAAGAAAAUAAACAGUAUUUGUGAUUUAUAUUCUUUAAUUUUUAAAUAUUGAUAAGUGAUAAUUAUUUAAAUUUCUCUGUAAAUAUCUGAUUAAAAGAUCAUGAGUUUUGAUUUUUAAAUUAAUUUAAAAUCAAUUAUCAGAUAAUUAGUUUAGAGUAUAUAGUAUAGAUUUAGUUAAAAUGUAUAUAAUCUUUUAUAAUUAACAAGAAAUCAUAUGACAUUUUUAUUUAAAUAAAAUAAAAUUAGUAAUUUAAUAGUAUAUAAUUAAUAAUUUAAUUGAUUUAAAAUCUUAAGUUAACAAAAAUGUAUUUUACUGACCCUUUUAGGUAUAUUAAAAUAUUAAAACCAAAGUUAGUAGGACCUGCAAUAAUUUAACAUAGAAAUAAAAUCGAUUAAACAAAUUAUUCUUCCUUUGCUUAAUUUUUUUUUUGAUAAUUUUUUUAAAUGGUGACUAGACUUUUUAUAAAUACCUAAUAUUUAAUAGGUAACAUACUGACCUACUUUAUAUUAUUAUUUAUUUGUUUAUUAUCUAUGUUUAAAAAUAAAUAUAUAUUUUUUUAAAUUUAAUUUUAAUAUAUUAUUUCAAUUAUAUUAUGAGGUAUAUCUUUUAUCUACUAUUAAUUACAGAUAUUUAAGUCUUAAAAUAUAAAUAAAAUAAGUAAAUGAUUUGUUUAAUGAGAUUAGAUUUAGGUGUCUUAAAAUCAUUUUAAAUAUAACCAAUUAUUUUUCACUUAAAAAUGUUUUUCUUUGGAUUGUAGUACCUAUUAUAAUAAUAAUGUUUAUAUGAUUUUAAGAGGUUUCUAUGUAAGGAUAUUCAGUGGGACCUACUACACUUCUUGCAUAGAAAAAGAGAAUCAACAAUAUGUAUUAAAUAUAAAUAAAUAUACAGGUAAAUCAAAUUAAAAAUAUUAAAAGGUCAAGGAUUUAAGAAUAAUGUUAAUGACAUUGUCUAGGAUAAUUUUUUUUUAUCUUUUAAAAUAGCAUGAUGGUAGAAUUUAUUUGUUUAUUACCUACCUAUAUUGUAUAGAUUUAUUUUACAGCUAUAUUCAACAGUAUAGAUAAAUAUUUAUUUUUGAAAUAAUAUUUUUAAAGUACUGGAUAGUCCAUUUAAGUGGGUGUACUCAUUAUAUUGAAAAGUAUCAACUUUUUCCAGAAUUUUUUCUAUAGAAUAUUUAAAAAAUAAGCUGCUCUUCAAUUUUAUAUUUAUGUUACUUUUUUUCAUCCUUAUUUUUGGGAGUAAACCACUACCUACUUUUAAUAUUCAAACAGCAAUCUAUAUUUAAUAGUGCAAAAAUAGAUGGAGUAUUAGUUAAAACAAAUUUUAGUGUUGACAUUUUUGGUUUCCGUCAAUCCGUUUACGAGAUAUUCCACUUUUAAGCUUGGGUUGGAGAAGAGUGGUGGUGCAUUACUAAUACGCCACACGCCGUAUGGCAACACAAAUGGUACUCCACUACACUUCUUCAACCCAAACUUAAAAGUGGAUUAUCUCGUCAUUGGAUUGAUGGAAAUCAAAAAUGUCAACACUAAAAUUUGUUUAAACUAAUACUCCAUCUAUUUAUGAACUUUUAAAUUUAAGUUUCCAUUUGAAUAUCAAAAGUAGGUAGUGGUUUACCACCAAAAAUAAGGGUGACAAAAAAAUAAUAUAAUUAUAAAAUUGUAGAGCAGCUUGAUGUUUCUUAAAUAUUCUAGAAAACAAAUUCCUGACAAAAUUAAUACUUUCCAAGAUAAUGAGUGUACCCACUUAAAUGGAUCACCUGGUAGAUAGGUAUUAGUAAAUAAUCUUUUUUAAAAAUAAAUUAUACAUCCUAUACUAAAAAUCUUUAUAUCUAUGUAUAUUUAUAAAAUUAAAAUGAGUAUCUUUGUUCCUACUGUUAGGUAUUAGUAAAUAAUCUUUUUUAAAAAUAAAUUAUACAUCCUAUACUAAAAAUCUAUAUAUCUAUGUAUAUUUAUAAAAUUAAAAUGAGUAUCUUUGUUCCUACUGUUUUAAUACACCUGUUGGGAGGUAUACAUAGUGAAUUUUUUAAGUAUGCUCAUGCCAUUUUUAUUGUUAAAUUAUAGUUCUGACUUUUGAAAUUUUUUAUGUAUAGUUAAAAUAUGAUAUUUUUAAAUACUUGGAUUUUUCAUAUAAUUUAGAGAAAAUCCUGUGGCCAUACCAACGUUGGUCUUUUAAAUGAUAACGUAAAUUUUUUAAUGUGAAAUGUCGAUUGGAUGAUAUUUUUGGUAAUAUUGAUGUAUUGUAAUCAAAAUUUGAACAAAAAAAUUCUGAGUUACAUUAUGUUAUACUUCGAAUACUAAGCAUAUUAGCGUUUUAUGUGGACACGAUACUGACUAUUUGUAGGAGUUGUAUAUAGGCAAUUUCUUGUUAUGAAUAGUGCAGUUAACGAAAAACCAGUCUUAUGUUAUUAUCAUUUAGUAUUUAAACUAGAAUAAUUCAAAAAAUAUUUGUUCAAAUUUUGAUUACAAUAUGUCAACAUUUUCACAAAAAUCAUCUGCUUGACAAUUUGCAUUAAAAUAUAUAGGUUCUUAUUUAAAAACCAAAGUUGUUAUCACCAUAGAACACUGCUUAAAUAUUGUGAUAAUCCUUAGGAUGUUAUUAGGUCAUAGUUAUGUGAUGGGUGAGAAAUUUUGAGUAGAAAAGCUGCAUGUUUAACAAAUUUGUGUUGAACUCUUUUUAAUUGGCUGCAGGCCACUGUAGUAUAGGGAUCCCAGAGUAUAGAGCCAUAUUUAAUAAUUGAUCUCAUGUAUAUGCUUUGAAGCGUGGUUUUUCUGAAUGAUGUCCCAACAUUUCUUUGGAUUAUUACUUAGAGAUUGUUUGAUCUUAGAUCAAGUCUUUUUAACAAUUUUUAAAUUUAAAUUUGAAACACGCCUGCAAGAAAGAGAUCAAGGUAGCAGGUAUGAUUGUACUAAGGGCGUGCUUUAUUUUAAGAAAAACAAUGGUUUUUUAGUUCUUUGGAGAACAGUUUAGGAAUUUAGACGAGGAAAUUUUGUUGUGGGACGUUGUGAAGGAUACAGAAAUGUAGUAGGGCCUUGAUCAAUGGGUAUAAAAAUGUUUUAUUGUAACUAUUAUUAAUGAGUAACUUUAUUGUACCUAAAGAAAGUUUUUCUGGACUGAUAAGUAAAGACAAAUAAUUGUAUAAUAUGAAGUGUAUCACUAUUUUAUUGUAUAUAAAUAGACAUGAUUUCGAUACAAAAUUAACAUUUCAUUUACACAUAGUCUUGUUUGUAAGGUACUAAAAAUUCUUGGUUUUGUUCAACGUUUUUGUGUUCGAUAUAAAUUUGUUGUAUUAAUUGACACAUUCAAUGUCCAUAUGUUGUAUGUGUUUCUAAAGUGUUAAAAAUAUCUGGCUGAUGGUGUGUGAUCAUAUAUUUUGAUGUUUCCAUCCAGUUCCUCUAGAUAUGUAUAUAUAUGAGUGUAGUGUUGAUUGAGUUUCCGCCAUUUUUGUGAUAAAAACAAGGUUCAGAAUAAAUCUAGUUCACAAUCUAAACUCUUUUUUUUUUCUAAAAUAUGUUUUUUAAUGCCUAAUCCAUUAGUAUAAUCAAAACUUAACUAUCAUACUUACUUUUGUAGUUAUUGUACAUAAACUUAUUCAUCUAUCAUAGGUGUAACUAGUGAGGUGCUUGAGUGUCUUUAACAAUCCCAAGUUUAAAAUUAGCACCCCCAAAAACACCCAAUCAGCUUUUUCAUGGUAACGACUAAUAUUUUAUCCAAGUAUUUCAUAAUUAACGUGCAGAACAAACUUAUUACUAACAGAUAUUGCUUGUGUGUACAAAAAUAAUGUUAAAAUAGUUAUAAUAAAUUUGUAUAUACACAAUUUUAAAUGAAAGAUGUUUAGUUUACUAUUGUAAGAGUCGUGUAAAGGGGAUUGUGGAAGCAAAGCUCCCAUUAGUCUUGAUGUGUCCAUAAUUUUAGCACCCUUUAAGUUGGUGGUCUAGUUGUGCCUAUACCACCUAUAAUGCCACCUUUUUCACUUUACCGUGUUACCUACCCGAUGUGGUUUUGCACAACAAAUCUAGGGUUUUUUGUUUAUUGAAAUUGUCCAAGUGAGCGCAGUGGAAUAUGGCUUGUUUGAACAUUUGUAACUCUAAAUUUAAGCCAGAUAGACUGAUUUUAAUAAAAAACACUUUGUUAUCAAAAUAUCAAUAACUACAAAUAAUAAUAAAAAAAUGUCUAUUUUUGACCACAUUUUGGAUUAAUUCCAAAACUGUUGUUUUUCAAGGUUUAUGUACAGUAACUAAAAAAGUAAGUAUGCUAGGUAAGUUUUAAUUGUAUCAAUGGAUUAAGCAUUAAAAAAUAGACAUUUUGGAAAAAAAAAAAAAUUGAAAAACGAACUUAGGUCAUCGUAAACUAGAUUUGUUCCCAAGGUUUUAUCGUAUUUUUAUCAAUAAUAAAUUAUUAUUAGGGAAAGAUAAUAAAAUACUGCCAUCAUUGGAUGUAUUCAGUCCCAAUACUGUGCCCUUGUUUGUUCUGUUUUAGAAUAUAUUUCUUGUCUUGUGGAUCUGCACAUCAUUAGUUUUAAUUUUACCUUGGAGAGAAUGCAAUGUAAACUUUCGUCUUGUCCUGCUUAAGUUGAAAAUAUGUUAUAUUCUUUAUGAUUUAUCCCUUGUUUUCGCUUUCCUACAAUUAUCCAUGCUCUAAUUGAUGGAAGAGUUCAAGCAAAUUUACGUUUUCUAAGCAACCUACUCUCGGGUCUAGUAAACCCGACUUUAACUCUACUUUGAUGUAUUAAUUUUAAAGUACCAUCUUUUUCUUUUCUAUAUUCCAGUGUGUUUGAAAAACUAUACUGCCCUUACAAGGGUGAUGUGGAUUACCAAUAUUCGACCCUCUUUUUCUUACUCUUAAUUAUUAUAAUACCAUAUUUCCAUUUUGUUAUACUAUGUUAUUUCUGUUACUUAUUUAGUUAUUGUAAUUGUUACUAUUGGUUUACCAGCUUAUACUUUCUAUUUACACAAAUAAAAAAAUAAAAUAUGUAUAGUCAUUACUAAAUAUAGAAUGUUGAUGACCAUUGCAUUUUAGAUUCUGAGUGAGCAAUGAAGCUUAUGGUUUUAUAUUGAUGUUUAUUUAUUUUUUUAACUGUGAAAAACUUCUUCCAGAAAUAUUGCUCCGAUUUACAAUGAUAGCAUAUUUUCUUAAAAUAAAUUUGACUUAAGACAGAUUAGUUUUUGAUUUUCCCAGGAGUUAAUAAAUAAGUUUCUCAAUAAAUAAGAAAAAAUAUAGGAAAACUGGUAAAAUAGGUACAAUGUUAAACAAAUAUUAUUAAAGAAAAUAUUUAAUGCAUAUGUACAUAUUUAACCGUAAUAUGAUAUACAUAUAUAUUGUUGAAAAGCAACACUAUCAACUGAACUCUGCUCAAAAUCUUUUUAUUGUUAGCAAUGGAUAAUCAUUGUAUACAGGUAUACAUUAAAUUUUUACUCUACCUUACUAAUUUCUCACCUAUAACAAAGGCCCACCCAUGUGCGAAGUAUUUCUGUCUUUUGGUAUUUUGUUAGAACAUUGAAGAAGUCAUUCAGGAAAAAACUGACAAUUUGUUGUAUAAUUUUUGAGUUAACAAUGUAACCAAAUCCUUGAUAACAAGGAAAAAAUAUGACUAAUAUUAUGCUAAUAAUUGUUUUUUUUCUUGACAAAGGUUUUAUUAAUUUAAAUAAAUUAACUCUUAAAACAUAUCUCCUAAAUCCCCAGCACUCACAUCCAUAGUCAAUUUUUUUUAGUUAUUUAUGUUUUAUUAUAACAAUAAAUAAUUCAAAAAAUAAAUAAAUCAAUGUUACUAUUAUCGUUGUAUUUGUAUUUUAGAUCAAAGGUACGUUCUACGGGCGAGUUUAUAAUCUAAAUGUUGCCUUGCAGACAGUAUGUCUACAUUGUCAGGGGUAAGUUUGAAGGGGGAGAAAAGCAAAGGAAAGAACUCAUUUCAGUCACUGAAAAUAAAUACUUUGUACAAGGUAAAUUAAAAUAUUCUUUUUUUUUAAUAUAGUCAGGUAUAUAAAUAUUUGAUUGGAUUGUCAAUAACUUGUAUUUUUAUUAUAGGGUGAAUCUACAGAAGGUAAUCAACAUAAAAGUAUAGCACCACGUAAAAAUGGAUUACAAAUACUUGGCAAGGUUGUCCGCAAUGUUCGUAACCCUGUUAAUUUGCCAAGUGAAAAGUCUGAAUCUAGCCAUGAAUCUACAAUUAAUUUAGUCCCUAUUGGUGGUGCAGGAUGGGGAAACAAACAAUCCACAGAGAAAUCACUUGUGGUAAGUCUUAAAAUUAUCAUAAAUUGUAUCAAUAAUUAUUUAUAUAUACUAUAUAUUAUAUUUAUACUAAAAUUAAUAUCAUAACUCAUAACAUUUCAAUAUUCUAAUAUUUUACCUAUUACUGACAUAACCAUGUGAUUAUUUGAUUGUGACCAUUGGAAAACUGAGUAUAAAUGAAGCAAAAUCGCAUUAUUUGUUACAAGCCUGCGCUAUAGUUUAAUCAAUUAAUUCUCAAUGUUAGUCCAUUUAAGCUGUCAGUGGCCAUGAGUACAGCUAAAAAAGACAAUGCAACACUGAUUGUGCCAGUACUCUCUUUCAAUUUUGUAUCACAUAUAUUAAUUUAGAUUCCUACAUAACCUGAACACACAUUUUAUUUAAAAAAAAAAUUUUAACAGUAUUAAAAAGACUGGGUAAAUAGAGUAUAAUUUUGGAAGAAACAAGACAUCUAACACCUAAAAUAAGCAGUGACAUAAUAGGCAACGUUGACAGUUUAAGUACCUAGUAUGUUUUGUACAAAUGAACUUAUCGUUCUUUUGACCCUUUGAUAAAGAUGUGAAACAUUAAGUGUGAUCGGAUAAAGUGGAGAGAAGCAUCAGGUGUUCUAUGUAACAGAUAUUUCUAAUGAGAUUUAAAUGUAAAUUUUUAAAAGUUUGGUGAAGCUGAGUAUGUUUUGUGGUUUUGACUGUUGGGUGACAGAAAAUGAGUGUAUCAAAGAUUAGAGUUUUUAAGAAAAUGAAUAGUUACAAGAUCCACAGGAUAAGGAAUGAGUUUAUAAAAGGUAGGUAGUUGUUAGGCUUCGAUGGUAAACAUUAUGAAAGCAAAUUGACUGAGAUGGGCAUGUCAUGAUGACAUGAGAACAGAGGAAUCUAAAACAGUAAGAAUUAUAAUGAUAAUAAACUUAGGAAAAAUUAGAGGGAGAGAAACACUGAAAAAGAAGGGGGUUGGACAUAAUUAGGAAUAAUAUGAUGACAGCCGGUGUAUACGAUCAAAGAUCGGGUUAAAAAUGAGGGUGGCUAACCCCAAAUAGUUAAGAUGAAGACAAAGGAGAAGAAGAUGUUCACAUUAUUAAAAAGAAAAUUUUUUUAUUAUAUCAUUAACAAAUUAUGGUUUACAACUUACAAUUGUAUGUUAGUAGCAAUGUUUGAUAUGGUUUAUGUCAUUCUACUUUUUUUAGAGUGUGGUCAAAGAAGUACCGCCAACAUCAACUGCCACGAAUACAUCUCAACUGUCCCAAAGUGGGCCAUCACAGGGACAACAACAUGUUUCGUCCCAUUCUACUUCAGCACAAGUGACUACCACUACAACCAGGGUAGGUUUAUUCGUAUUAUAAUCAUUAUAAUAUGCUAUUUAUGGCUUAAAAAAGAAAUAAGGAUAAAAUGAUAAUGUUAUUAUUAUUUUUAAGCCUGUUCAUCCAGACGGCAAAACAUGGGCAAAAAAAAUUGUGGAUGUUCCAGUUGCUCCACCCACAUAUUUAGCACAUCGUUCAAUGCAAUUCCAACAAGAAUUUCCAAGUCUUACUUCAAGUGGGGAAAACAAAAAUAUAAUAAAUACAAAUGUGCCUGUACAACAGGUCAACACAGAACAGAGACCUUCUCUUCGUCCACAAAGUAAAAAUUGGAUGAUUUUUUUUUUUUAAAUAUAAAUUAAUAAUGUUGUUUGUUUUAUUAGCGGAAACAAGUUGGAUGCAAGGUGGCAGUCGUCCCCAAGUGCCUCAAAUUGCUGGCAGUGUUAUUGGAGUUACGGGUCAAACUCUUCAUUCUCAAACAUCUCUCGGUAUGUAUUUUAUUUUAUGAUUUGAUAUCACAAUUAAAACAUUUACUAUACCUAAUGUUUAAUUGGUUAAACAGUAUACUAAUAUAAAAUCAUAGUUUAUAAUUUAAUAAAAUUAACCUACUGUAAAAUGAUGUUGUUUAACUAUAAAACUCCAAUUUUCAGGUACAGAAAAUGUGAAUGGCGUACGGAACAAUUUGGUCCAAAAUGGGGUGGCCGGGGCCCAGGUCGGCCUAAAUCCUUACCAAAUGCAAUAUAACAAUAAAAAUCCAAUUAUGAGAAAUAUGUUGCCUACUUUUGUAAGAUUUAUAAAAUCAAAAUUUUUGUAUACAAUUUUACAACUAUAUAUUAUAAGAAAUUAUUUAAUUUUUUAGAUGGUGUCAAAUCAGUCUGAUAAUGUCCUACCCCAUCAUCCUAAACAAAAUAUUUAUCCAUCAGAAAAAAUGUUUCACAAUAUUUCAUCUUCAUUAAUGUCCAAUGAUGGUACUACCAAUAAACCUUCAGCAGAUAUCAAGGAACUUAUACCUCCUCCUAUUAUUCGAGAAGAAGAUUUAAAAAGAAUGAAUGAACUCUCAAAAGAAGCUGGGUGGUCUAUUCAAGGAGAGAUUGAUUAUAAGUAAAUAAAUUUAUUAAAUAUUAACAGACAAUAACUUUUUGGUUUCUGUUUAUCAAUGUUAAUUAAUUUUUUUAUCCACACAGUAAAAAACUAGACUUCAGUGACGAUGAAGACCAAAUAAAUGAUAAAUCAAAUAAACAAUCACCUAAUGGAGAUAUAAGAAACAAAUCUGACAAUGUAAAAGGUUACUUUAGUAAUAAAAUUGUUAAUUGUGAUCCAAAUUUGAUUCAAAAUAUGAAGGUAUUUGAGCAGUAUUAUAUAGUAAAAAUAAAAAUAUUUUAUGUUCCUUAUUACUUUAGGAGGGUAUGUUUGUACCGGUGAAUGUCAAUGGUAUUCCCUAUGCCACAGAUUACAUGCAAUUCUAUAGAGCACCCACGCAUCAAGUUAGAUUUUAAUUAUUUAUAUUAAUUAAAUUUAUAUUCAAAUUUAAAAUCCUAAAUUUAGGAAGAACGCCAAAUUGAUGAUGAAUAUGAUGAUGAAUCAUUAGGAAGAGCUCGUUUAAAUGAAGAAUUAUAUAAUACUGUACAACGUGCAAAAGAUAGAAAAUUAGAAGAAAUGAAACGUUUUGAAAUGCAACAACAAGAAGCAACUAAAUUUAAAAAAAUAGAUGGCGAAAAUGAUAACAAAGUGAAUAAUUAAUACAUGAAUUAAUAAAUAAAUGUAUCGCCUGGAGUAUUAGUCAAAAAAAAAAAUCUCAAGUUUUACAUUUUACCUUGUGAUUUUACCUGACGAUGAAUUUUUAAUUUAAAACGCUCGUACAAUACACAUACCAUAAUACGCCAGGCGAGAUAUUCACGAAUAUUAAUCAUUUUAAUAAUUUUUUUUUUUACUUUAUUAUUUUAUUAGAUAAUAAAGUUAUGGUUUUAUAUGUAUAAUAUAUAUAUAUAUAUAUAUAAUGACUGCCAGUAUAAUAGAUUUAGAUUAUACAUUUUGCGAGAGUUAAUCUCUUCCAUAGUUUUUUACUUAAUUUACAUAUCGUCUAAUAUUUAAUUGACAAACAAUGUUUUUUUUAAGGAUAAAGAAUUCAUUGAUGAUCCACCAAAAUCUGAACUACCCAAAGACAACAAAAAUGAUGAAAGCAAUGACAAUAAAGAAAUAAAUAAUAAGUAUAUACCUCUAAGACUAAAACAAUUUGAUCAAAUUAAUGAUGCAACUAAUAAAGUUCAAAAUGUUUCCUCAAGUAAAGAAAACAAUAUAUAUAUACAAAAUUUUGAAUUUUCAAAUUUAUUAUGAAUUUUUUUUUUAUAGAAAGUGUAAAAACUCUUUGUCGUACAGAUAGUGACAUGAGUAGUAGUGGUUAUUCAGAGUAUAGAAGUGAUUCAUGGGUUGAUGAUGAUCAUACAAAUAAGUCAUCAAGUGUUAAACGUGAUAAACGAUCUGAAUCUGACAGGUAUAGUUUUAUAUAAUUUAUUAUAUUGUAAUUAUUUGGUUUUUCUCGAUUAGAUAAUUUGUUAAUUAUAUAAGUUAAUAAUAAUCACAGAAAGAAAAAUAAAAUAUUAGAUCAAAUAGUUUUUGUCUUAUUUAAUAAUUAUAAUAUAAUUUUUAUUGAAAUACAAAAAGUGUAAAACUUAUUUCCAGUUGUUAUUACCUAGACAUAAUAUUACAUUAAGCCUGUUAAUAAUUAAUUUUUCUAACAGAUAUAGAAGAGAAAAAUCUCGUUCAGACCCUAAAGAUAAAAACGAUAAAUAUGCAUAUAGUGAAUAUUCCUCUAGAACUGAUGAUAAUAAAAAAAUAUACGACCACAAACGUGAUUUUAAAAGAAAUGUUAGUAUUCUAUAUUUAAAUUAAAUAAUAAUGUAUGUAUUUUUUUUAAUACACUUAAUUUUUCAAAGGAUUCUGGAAGCAAUUUAAAAAAAUCAGGUGAUGAUUAUGAAACUGACAGAAAUGAUAAGAAAGUAUCAAAAUAUCAUUCUCGAGAUUCCUUAGAACCUCAAGAUGAAAUUGAGAAAGAUAACCUGUACGUUUUAAACUAUAAUCACUAUUAAUUUGAACUCAUUAUUUCAUUUAUUUAUUUUUUUGCACAGACAAAUAGACGAUGAAUCAUAUUCUUGGGGACAAAAGUCUCUUGGUAAAGAUUACUACAAGGAUGAUUUACAUUCAUCAGGACUAUUUGUAAGUAUUUAAUACUUCAUUUAAUUUUAUAACUAAUAUUUAUAUUCUAUUGACCUCUAGAGUAAAAAAUAUAUUCCUGGCCCUAUAACUCAAGAGAAACUGGAAGCAUGUGAAUUAACCAGUGAACCCAAGCGAAAUUUAAAUCAAUUAGUAAAAAGUGAAAAAAAGGAUUUAAAGAAGAAUGAUCAAGUAUGUUUAUGUCAAAUUCUUUUCUUAACAGAAUAUCCAAUACACGUUUAUCAACUAUUACAUCGAAUAAUAUAUUGUAACAUUAAAAAUCAUUUAAGUAAAUAUUUAUUAUUUGUAGAUAAUUCAAUUUUAAUUGUUUGUAAUUUCUUUUUUCCAUUUUUUAGGCUCCAAGUUGAGCGUGGAAUAGAUUAGUUUUACAAUUAUGUUUAUUUUAUUAUUUUUUUGACAAUUUUUCUACCAGCAAUUUUGCUCCAAUUUUCAAUUACAGCACUUCAUCCGAAAAUAAAUCUAGUAAUUUAGGGAGGGUAUUUUUUGAUUUUCCAAGCUUUUUCUUAAUUAAUUGGAAAAAAAGGAAAAAUAGAUAUAACAUUAUUAAACAAAUAUGAAAAGAUAAAUAUAUUGUUGAAAAAGCAACACUAUUAAUCAAAUUCUGCUCGGAAUCGUUUUUUGUAAGCAAUAGUUAAUCAUUGCGUCCAGAUAUAUAUUAAAUUUCCAUUCUACCUUCCCAACUUACAUAUAAAUGUGACCCACCCAUUAUGUAAAGUAUGUCUGUAUCUUUUUUUUGCCUAAUUAUUUUACUUAUAUAUUUAUUCAAUAUAAAUACUUUGAGUAAAACAUAAUAAAUUAGUUGGGCAUUUAAAUUUUUUUAAAUAAACAUACAAUGUCCUAUUCUCUAGUUAUUUAUUUAAACUUGUAAUUUAUUUUAAUCAUAAUUAUUUAAUAUUCAGUUACUAAUAAUUUUAAAGUUAUUAUUUUUAUGUGUCUGUAUUAAAUUGGAAACGCAAAAUUUAUUGAAUUUCUCUUAAAUUUUAAUUUUCCAUAUUGUUUGAUUGAGGGCAACAAGUUGUUUUGACUUAAUAUAUAUUCAUAAUUUAAGUUUGUGUUUUUUCUAUUGCAUCGAAUGUUUAUGAUGUUUGGUUCUAAUACAAUUAUUAAUUUUAAAUGAAACAUUUAGUUUGUUAAUUAAUUAAAGUCAUAUUUUUAACAUUUUCGACAAACUGCACUCUUUGAAUAUAUUUUUUUCUAACCCAUCAUUUGUUGAGUGAUUUUUAAUAAAUAUAAAAUUAUGUAUAUUAUGUAUCUAUUUUAUUAUUAUUGGAUUACUAAUUAAUUUAGAAUGAAUUUCAAAAUUCUCUAUGUUAUAACCUAUGUAUUAUUUUAGGGUGAUGAUUUAUCAACUAAAGCUAAAACCGGUGUCUGGGAUUUAGCUCCACCUAAUAAAAAUAAAAUGUUACUAGAACAAAAUCAAUCCAAAGAAACAGAAACAAAGAAUAAAUGUAGUCAAAAAAAUGAAGAUGACACUAAAAUAUCAGGUAUUUCCACUAAUAUUUGCUUAAUCAUUUUUUUUUUUUUUUUUUUAACAGUUUUUUUUAGUUAAUAUCAAGAAACAGGAGCGCAGAAGUUAUUCUUGAAAUUAAUUAAAAAAGUUUAAAAUAAUUUCAACAAUAUCCAACAGAUAUGGUGAUAUAAUAAUAAUCUAAAAUAAAGUUGAUUGAAGUAUAUGUUUGAAACUUAAUAUUAUUGCCAAUUAUUGUAUAUAUAGUGUGAAAACUGGUUUGGUUGUAAAAAUCCAUGAUAUUAGCAUGCAUAUUAUUUAAUAUCUAAUCAUAUAUAUUUAGAUAUCUAGAACAUACUUGUUUUAACAAUUUUGGAAAGGGGAACGUCAACGAUUUUAGGUGCUCCUGUUACUUGGAGUAGUAGAAAUCCCCAAAAUAGUGACAACUAAUUAAGUAAAAAUAUUUCUAGAACCCAAAUCAGUUUUUGAAAACAAUUUUGGUACUUCUACAUUAACUCAUCAUAAAGGCAUGAGAUCUGAUCGCAAUGUUGGAUCACGUUCAUAUCAGAGUAUCAAUUCUAGAACAGUUUCUAGGUCUGGGCCAAAUAGAAAAAAUGCAUGGUCAGAGUCAUAUGAAGAUACCCAACGUUCCAGAGGGCCACCUCGACGAGAUGACCGACAUCGUGGUGAUGAUCGAAACAGGAAUGAUGACCGAAACAGGAACGAUGACCGAAACAGGAACGAUGACCGAAACAGGAACGAUGACCGAAACAGGAACGAUGAUCGAAACAGGAAUGAUGACCGAAAUAGGAAUGAUGACCGAAAUAGGAACGAUGAUCGAAAUAGGAACGAUGAUCGAAACAGGAAUGAUGAUAGAAAUAGAAACGAUGAUCGAAACAGGAAUGAUGAUCGAAAUAGAAACGAUGAUCGAAAUAGAAACGAUGAUCGAAAUAGAAAUGAUGAUCGAAAUAGAAACGAUGAUCGAAAUAGAAAUGAUGAUCGAAAUAGAGGCAGUAACAGGCAAAAUGAUAGAUAUUCUGAAAAAUCAUCAUUACGUGGUUAUGGACAAAGAUCUGAACAGAGAGGAAGAGGACGACUAAACAACAUUGAGUCACGUAUGCUUAAUGGGCGUAGUGGCCACAAAAAUAUUGUUGAUGAAAAUAUUGAGAAAAAUAAUAAACUUAGUCAAAAUUCUGGUUCUAUUAGAAAUAAAAACUCUUCAUCUAAAACACAAUCUAAAAUGGACACAUACGGAAUGUCUGGAGACACUAGUCGCAGAAAUACCGAAAAUCGUUAUAGUUCAAGACAAAGUAGUAGACCAUUAAAUAGCCAAAAACAAGAAGAUAAUUGGGAAUCUGUUAGCGAGCAAAGUGAUUAUGAAGCCCAACAAAAGAGUAGUAAUCGUCGUCAGAUCAGUCGCACAUAUUUAGCAUCUUCAAGGUAUAUCAGUAAUUUAUGUUAAUUAUUACUUCUUUUUAUAUCUAAUUUUAUUUUAGGGGAGAAAAAAGGUCCAAUUAUGACAAAAAAGAUCAACCUAAAGAAACUGGUAACUGUGAAAAAUCUAAUCAAAAGUUACCAUCGACUAUUUCUACUAAUGACUCAAAGAAUAACUAUGGAGGUAUUUAUUGAAUAAUAUUAUUUUAAUUGAAUCUGUAUUUUUAUAAUUCAAUAAUUAAUUAAUUCUUUUUUUCAGGAAGUUCCUCCCAGGAUGGACGAUCUAAUAAAAAAGAUGAUCAGAGAAAAUCAAAUGAGUCGCAGCAAAAAAAUCAGCGCUUAAUAAAUCAAAGUAAUCGUAAGGAUCAAUCUAAAUCAUUAUCCAGGUCUAAUCAAAAUAGUACUGCUCCAAAGCCAGGCCAAACAAAUCAAAGGUAUGAAAGACAAAAGAGUCAGCCUCUGAUUGGUCAAGAUGAUACAAAUGUUGCGCCUAUUAUUAAAGGUAAUGUAUAAAUUAAUUUUUUAAAUUUAUGGCUGCAGCCUUCAAAACCAAUCCAUCACGAUCCUCUACCAGAUUUUCUUAGUUGAUAUCUGGUUGUAGUUCUGUUAUCUCUCUUUAAUUAGUUCUCCCGACUGUUUUUUUCUAUUCAAAUCCUCCCUUAAUAUUUUUCUAUACAAUCUUCCUGGUUUUCUUCAUGCAUAACCUGCCUAUUUUUGAUCCUUGACUGUUCAGUCUGUGUAUAAGUUUCUUUAAGUCUUUAACCUCUUCUGGUUACCUUUCAAAAUACCUGGGUUUUUUUUGUUUCAAAAAGUCUUGUUCUUCCUACAAUCUAUUAUUGGUACUAUUCAUGUUACAAAUUUGAUAUUGUAAGUUUUUGUCAACUUUCCACUUUUUUUUUUAGAAAGUAACCUUAGUAAAAAUAAUUUAAUAUAUUAACUAUAUAUUUUAAAAAGAGACGGACAUACUUUGCACAAUGGGUGAGCCACUAAAUGAGAAGUUGGGAAGGUUAUAGAGAAGAAAUUAAAGUGUAUCUGUACACAACAAUUAAUCUUAAAGAACAUAAAGCAAUUCUGAACAGACUUUGGUUAUACAUUUUUUGAUAGGCCGUACUAUUUAUGGAAACCCCUAGGAGAAUCAAAAAAUUACCUCCCUAAAAUAACACUCCAAUCAAAUAUCCUUUCAGAAAAAGUAGUUAACUUGAAAAUUGGAGUAAAAUUUCUGGUUGAAAAGUUGUUUACAGAAAAAAGAAAAAUAUUGUAAAAUCCUAAUCCGGUUCCUAUAUAUGAUAAACUUUCCGAUUCUACCUCACUCUUAUCUAUUUCUAUACUAUUUCUCUUCUCCUCAUUCUCUAAAAUAUUUAAAAAGAUCUGCCUCAAGAGGCUAUUACUUAUUUACACCAAAUCUAACAUCAUUCUAAAUUACCAAUUUAGAUUCAGAUCAAAGCAUUCCACUAUACAUCAGCUUCCCCGGUUAGUCCUAAUCAUUUCUAGCACGAAAGCAAUAAUUUUCUGCCCAUAUUUCUGUCAUAUGUUGCUUAUUCAUUAUCAGGUCUUCAUCUUUUUUACUUCUUACAAAUUACUUGUAUCUUUUAUAUCCCUUGUUUUUUAGAAUUACGAGUCUUUGUUUUAUUUAAAACAAUAUACAUUUUAAAACCUAUAAAUAUAUAUUUAUUAAAAUGAUAAAUUUAUUGUUACAGAUGCUGUUGUAAUGGUUAGCAAUAACCCUCCGCCGCCUCCACAAACUAAUGCUUGGGAUAAACCAAUUACUCAUGUACUUAGAGCACAAUCACCUAAUGUAAAUAAGUCAGUAGCUCCACAAUCUAAUAAUCGAGCCAACAGGUAUUUACAUAUUGAAUGGAAUUUGUUUGAAUAUGUUUAGCCAUUAAAUGUAGUGUCAAUUAAUAAAUUUGCUUAUUUUAGAAACUCCUUGAACACCAAAAUAAAUGAUUGACUAUUUUGUGUUUAAUUAAUAGUUCAGAGUUAGACUAGAGUUUAUAAAUGAAAAUUCAUCAAGGCCCAGUUUCUUUCCUUAUUUUCUUAAGGGCUUUGAAAUGAUUGCUAACUACAGAAAAUAACUUAAUAUAAAAUAAAAAAUAAAACAUUUAUUGAUUAUCUCAAAUUAUCUCAUUAUUACUUGGAAAGUUUUAGAAAUAAACAAUUAAUUAAAAAUACGAUUUUGACUAUUAAAAAUAUACUCGCGUUUACCAUAGCUACUUGUUUUUAAUUAUGUGUACUUUCAAAAAUAAUUGUUUGAUUAUUUGUUAAAGAAAAAUUUAAAAAAAAAGUUUUAUUUACUGCAUAAAUUUCAUAUAUGCCAAUAACUAAAUGUUUUACAAAUUUGUAAUUUAUAUUAAUCAGUUUUAUAAAUAAAAAUGUAUGUUAUUUAUGUUAAAUCCGUUAAAACUAAACAAAUUUUAAUUAAUUAUUUUAACCAAACAGAUUUAACUGAACUUGGCUUAAAAUCUUUUUUUUAUUAUCACGUACCAAUAUAAAUUGAAUUCACCAAUUUAUAAUUUUUAUAUAUUACAUUUCAGUUUAACAGAAAUUAAAGAAAUCCCUGCUCAGACAACUCAAAGAUUAACUUCAAAUAAAGAAAAGGUAUACUUUAAUGGUUAUAUAUAAUUAUGUUAAUAUUACCCUGUUCAAUAUAUUAUAAUGCAUUAUGUGCACAAAUUAGUAUAGAUGAUUUAAUAUAAUUAUCAUAGGUUAUGGAGAAUGGUAUUCUUGAUACCACUCAGAGAAUGGAAACAAUUAUUUUUGAGAAUACCACAUAUAAAUCAAAUCCUUGUGGAGAAUCUAAAAAUAAAUAUAACUCAAGUAUUAAGCAGUGUACUGAAAAAGGUAAAUUUUAUUUCUAAUGAUAUUUGAAGUUAUUAAUAUACAUUUAUGUUUAUUUUUUAGAUUCUUGUAAUUUUAAUGAAGAUGCUCAAGACACUUGUUUUAGAGCAUUCAAAUCUUCAAAUACUGAUAGUAAAGAUUCUAAAUUGAAUGAGGCUGUACAGAUGUCUAUGAGUUUUAAGGUAUGUUAAAAAACUCAAACAAUGAUUUGAAACAACCUCUUUCUUUUUUUUUUUCUUUUUUUUAUCUAUUACUGUUCUAUUAUUAUUAUUAAAAUAUUAUAUUAAGAAAUUUGCUACUAAACAUUUAAUAUUGAAAUUAUUUAUUUCAUAUGACUAAAAGUCAUUCAUAAAAAUGGUAAUUUAAAUAAUUUUGCAUCUAUAAUAAAACAAAUUCAUUUUUUUUUUAUAUAUUAGGAAGUUUUUUAUGUCAUUGAAUCCCAACACUAUAUACAGAGUGAUUUUUUUUAUCAUGAACCAGCAAUUAUCUAUCUUAGAGGAUUUUAAGUGAAUUUAAUUUCUGUUCUUUCUAAUCAUUAUGGAAUCGUUUAAGCUUUAUAUUUAAACAAUUUUUAAUAUUUACCAGUACUCUAUAUACCUUAAAUAAGUGCAUAUUUCUAAUUUUCAAAUAGGAACCCCCCUUUUGAAUAUGGAUUUGAAUAGAAAAUAUUUUUCUAGAAAUUUUUAUAACUCAAACAGUAAAUCUAAUAUUAGUAUAAUGCAUAUCAAAAUUUCUAGAAAAAUAUUCUCUAUUCAAAUCCGUGUUCAAAAGGAGGGGUUCCUAUUUGAAAAUCAAAAGUAUGUACUUAUUUAAGGUGUGGAGUGUUAGUAAAAUAUUAAAAAUGAUUUUAAAAUAAAGCUUAAACGAUUCCAUAAUGAUUAGAAAGAACAGAAAUCUAAUUCAUUUAAAUUAAAAUCCUCUGAAAUAAUUCCUGGUUCAUGAUCAAAAAUUACCCUGUAUGUAUAUAAAAUAAAAACGAAAAAUUGGAAAAAUAAUUACUUGUGUCUAAAAUUCUAUUAUUGAUAUUGUGUUAAUAAAUUACACUGAAAACUUAAAAUUUUAAAAAAUUUUGCUACUACUCCACUUUUUCCGAAUCGGUUCGACAUUUAUUUGUUCUAUGUUUUAUUUAAAAUUGAAUAAUGUAUUAUGUAGUAGAAUACAAAAAUUAUCAAUGUAAAUGGAGAUUUAUUAUAAUUAAGAGUAAUAAUAAUUGAAUGUAUUUAAAUUUAUAAUACUAUAUUUUUUAUGGGUUAACCAUAAUAAAUAUAAAACUAGUAAAACUACCUAGUAAAUAUUAAUAUUACUGAAGUACACGGUGACUUAAAUAAUAAUUAUAUAUAUUUGUUUAAGUUUAUAUUAGGAUUAAUGGUUAGAUUAUGCACUAGAUAUGAUGACCUAACAGACUGAUGAGUAAUUUAUUUGAAUAAUACUUUUAGAGAGGGAUUCAAUACAAUUUUGUUUGUGUUGAUACUAUUGUGUAUUUUCUACAUCAACAAUUUUGAUAAUAAGAUAGCAUAUUUCAAAAAUAUAUGUAUAUAGAAUAAUUCACUAAGCGUGCUUAUCCCCUUUUUUGGUUACAUUUUGUUAAUAUUUUCAAAUUCUUAGAUUUUUCACAAUAUUUAAGGAGUAUCCUGUGGCGAUAGGUUUUUCAAUUGAGAACUUAUAUUCAAAAAUACUUAACUUAGCUGGAGUACUAUUUUAAAUUUUGGUGUUCCACUUUUAAUUUUAAAUAGGGAAGAUUAGUAAAGUAUCAUUUGUGUGAUGGUGUUUUUUAGUCUUUCUCUACUCUCCCGCGACUCGAACUUCAUUUCUCACUCAUUUUAGUUCAUUCUUUUUUACCUGUUUGAAUUUAGUUAUUGAAGAAAGCCAGGAUACCUACACUACUUUUAAAUACAUUCCUUAUUAUAUACUCCCUAGUGACUCCACUUAUCCACCUAAGGCAUUCUUAUAAUUUUUUUAUUCUGAUUAGCACUGUGUAACAUAGGUUCAAAUUAGUCAGCCUUUACCUCUAAAAAUACAAAAUUGGAAAGUUUUUUAAUUGAGACUUUGUGUAUGUUAGAUAGUAAUAAUAUUUUAAGAUCAUUUUUAUUUUUAGUAAAUAUAUGGCUCAUAAAUUGACAAAAAAAAUUAAGUACUGAUUAUCAUCAAAAAAUCAAAGUACCACAGGUUAAUUAAAAAAAAAAAAUUAAUAACAUUUGGUAUAAAUUCUGUUUAUAUUUUUGUUGUUUUAAAUUUAUAAUUUUUAAUAAUUAUAAAAUAAACAAAAAACCAACUAAAAUCAUUAGUAAUGAUAAUCCAUUUUAAAUGCACUUGUAUUAGGUAUGAAACGUAUUUGGUUUUAUGUGUAUACUUUUUAAAUUCUUUUAUAUUUGUUAAUUUAUGUAUUAUUUUUAUUUUAGAAUGAUGAAAGCUCUGAUUUGAACCUUGGAUUUGGGGACUUUGAGACUGAUUUUACUCAUAGUGGUGGUCAUAUAUCCACAGAAAAUAAAGAUGUUAUGAACAUACAAUCUCACUCUAGAUCAUUGCAUACCGGAACAUCAUUAGCAGCAAGUGAUUUGAAAUCUAUGAUAGCUGGCACUAAAAAGGUUUUUUUUCUUUUUCUCUUUUUGUAUUUAAUACUGUUUGUUAUUAUUAUUUGUAUAACAAUAAAAUUGUUAAAAUAGAAAAUUUAUUUUAUUUUAAUGUAACUUUGUAUACUUAGAGAUGUGGAAUUUACUAAUUAAAUGUACGUACAUUUUGGUAAAUAAUUACAUUUUUAUUACCAAUAAUAAAAACAUAAAUACACAUAAUUAGUAUGUGAGUUAUAAAUAAAGUCAUGUAAAAAGAAAAGCUUGGGGUAUUAAUAAUUGGUUUUUGUUUAUAAAACAAAUAUUAACUUAGUUUUUUAGGUACAUUAAACAUAUUAUACUUAUUAAUUUGUAUUUUUAUUUUACUCAUAGGUAUUAUUGUAUUAAUUUUCGUCAUAUAUAUCAAUAUAUGUAUUGUUUUUUCUAAUUUAUGAGUAUAAACAAUUUAUGAAUGAUUUUUUUUUUUGUUAUUUGUUGUUUAUUGUUUUAAGACAUUAUAUAAAUUCUCUUAAUCAUUAACCAUUUGAAAUUGUUUAAUAUUAUUUAGAAGUCUAUAUAUAAAACAAAUUAAAGCCAAUUACCUUUUCCUAAAAUUAUUGUUAUAAAAGCACAUACAAGAUGUAUUAGACAAUCUUUAUAUCCAGUGUAUAUUUUCAUAUUUUUUUAAAUUACUAUUAUUUAAUGUCUACCUACUUUUAGCUAUUAGAAAUAAAUUAAUUGUUGCUCAAUAAACAACAAAAUAUUUGUUUGUAGUUAACAAACAUUUGUAAUAAUGUUUCAAAUAUUUUCAUGACAUUAAAAUAUAGUAUGUAGUGACUAAUAGGUAUUUAAACAAAAUGUAUGAUUAACAAACAUUUAUUUUUAUAUUUUUAAUAUUAUGCUUGAUUAAUUUCGAACCAUGUCUCAAUAAACUCGGAAAUACUAUUUAUAAUAGUGAUAAAGUUUUAAAUUUUACUACGUACAUUAGAAAAUUAUUGCAACUAUGGAUUUAUGAUUAAUGACAACGCUAAUUUUCAUGAAAUUUACUUAAAAUAAUAUGGAUAAAUUAAAAAAUACUUAAAUGAAAGUUAUUAGCCUAUUAAAACAGUUUAAAAUAAGGUUUCACUAAAACACUAAAACAAAAUGUACUGGAUAGUUAAAACAUUGAUUAGAUAAAUGUUUGCUUGUAAAAUUUACUGAUCUCGCAUCUCUAUGUAUACUAUUAAUAUCAAUAAAUGUAAUAUUGUAAUUUGUAUUAAACUCGUCUUUGGAAAUAUUUAUAAUAUCUAUUCUAUCAUUGUAUUUUGUAUGAAAUUGGCAAGUGAUUUGAAUUAUGUGAAUAAUAAAUUUAAAUAAAAGUUAACCUAAAAUAAUAAUGUUUUUUAAGGUUUGGGAUGAUAAACCAGAAUCUAAUCAACAAGUCCAACAAAAUAUUGCUGAAAAUACUUUUAAUACAGUUUAUAGUACUGCAAGUAGUGGUCAACAUGAGAAAUCUGAAAUUUCUGUUAUCGAUGAACAAAGAGUUCAUAACCAGCAAGUGUACAGGUAUGUACUUUGGUACGUGACACUUUUUGUUGUAAUUAACAUGGAAGAUUUUAAAAUCUGUUCAUAGACGGCUUUUUGACACUUAAUCACUAUUAAACCUCUUCCCUUCUAUUAAUAAAUACAAUAUUUUGUAUAUUUGUAAUUUAUAAAGCUACUAAAAAGUCAUUUAUGUAAUUUUAAAUUUUAGUCCAGCACCACAAUUACAAAAUGUUGCUGGGUCAUACAUUCCAGUAUCCAUGACUGCAUCAAAUCAACUCAAACAAGAUCCAAAUUGUGCUACCACAAACGUAUGCAAGGUAAAUACUUGGCUGUCAAUAAGGUAAUAUGUCAUUUAUAAUAUUUUGAUAUGUCUUAAGGUUAAACCUCAACCGCAGGGUACAUUAUCGCCCCCCUUGAGUCAACCACAACAACAACAACAACAACAGCAGCAGCAACAGCAGCAGCAGCAGCAGCAACAGUCUUCAGCUAGUACCCAUGUUUUUAGUUCUACAACUCCACAACCACAUACUUCAACUACACCACUGGCUAAUACUAUACCAACACAAGCAACACAUAUGAAUUUACAAGUAAUUAGUAAUGUAAAUAUAUACUUUAACAUCAUUAUAAAUUUAUAAAAAAUUAUUAAUUACUAACAUUUAAAAAGUUAAAGCCUUAUAUCUUAUGCUAUCUUAUGCUUAUCCUCUAAAAUAUGAUAUUAUAUAUUAGAAUUCACAUACAUGUCACGAUUUAUUUAUCAUUGGCUAUAAAAAAUUGUUUGUUUUUAAUUGCAUAUUCUAAACAAGAAUAUGCACCAUGUCCCUUGUUUAUAUAUAUUUUAAUUAAAACUAUAUUUUAGAUAUUGAUGGAAAACAGUGAUGGCGUACCUGACAUAUAUGGUCCGCAUAUUUUAAAACAACAACAAACUCAUUUAAUAUUGAAUACAAAUAAUAAAACUGGAGUAGAAAUGAUGACUAAACAAUUUGUAUCUGCUGCUCCUGGACCAUCACCAUCAUCAGCUAUUUUGUUUAAUUCAGCUCAACAACAUUUAAUGCCGCCACCAUCGCCAUCUACGCCUCAAGUAUAUCAAACUAUGUUAGAACCUUCUCAAGCCGUAAGUUGUUAAAAAUAUUUAACUUUUUUUUUUUCAGUCUACAUAAUUACGUGUUAAAUUAAUUAAUUACAAUAUAAAGUUAUAUAUAAUUAAUAGUAGUGGAAGCCAAGUUUAGAAUUUAUAGGCACUUUUAAAAAUAUUACAUCUACAGUAUACUUAACGGGUAAAGACUGAAUGAUAUCACACUAUUUUAAAGUUAAAAACAAAUAUGUGAUAUGAAUUCUUUCUUGCUAUUCUGCUGACUUUCCAUAUUAAUCGUAAUUAAAGAUUGUAUUUUUUUAGAAGUUAUUUGCAUAGUAGAAGUCACAAUCAAACUUUUGAAAGUUUAGAAUAAACUAAAAUACUGCAUUCAUCUCAUAAAUUUAUGACAUAAUAAAUAAUUUAAAUAAUGUGUAUUUUUUGAGAAGGCAAAAUCCCAAAAAAUUUGUAUAGUUUAUUUUUAAUAAUAUAUCAAUUAAACUGUUGGUUGGUAAAAUUUACACUGUGGAAUACCUAUUAUUUAAAUCAAUGUAUUACGAUAAUAUAACAUGUUUUGGCGGAUUUGGAUUUCGGAGUGAAAAUUAUUCUUGAUUUUCCGAAUAGAAAUGUAUCGAGUGACAAUGACCUAAAUUUACCGUAAUGUAUGUUAUACAAGUGUUUCAAAUUUUUUAUUACGUAUUUUGGACAUUUGAAUUACAUGUUUUUGUGGCUUGGUCUGCAAGAAAGUUCAAUAUUUAAAAAAAUACUUUUUAUGUAGGUGGACCUCUGUUGUAGUUGUGAAGUUGAGAAGGUAGUAAAGAGGGGAAAGUUGAUGUAUAUUUGUUAUCAACCAUUAUUAACGAAAAUACAAUUUUGAGCAGAGUUUAGUUGAUAGUGUUACCUUUGUCCACAAUAUACAUGACAUAUUAUGGUAAAAUAAUUGCAUAUGCAUUAUAUAUUUUCUAUAAUAAUAUUUGUUUAAUGUUGUACCUAUUUUCAAAAAAAAUGCUACACUUAAAAAUUGGAGCAACGUUUCUUGUAGGAAAGUUGUCUCGGAAAAAAAAAUGUAUAAAUAUUUUAAAACUAUAAGCUUCUUCGCUCCACUCGGAAUCUAAAAAUAAAAAAUGCAUGUAUUACAUUAAUUAAACUAGAUUUUUGGAAUUUUGUUUUUACAUUGGCCCAAUGUAAUAAAUAUUUUGUGUUUUAUGUCACAUUAAUCCCAGCCCUAGUAAUCAGGAACAAAUAUUUAAAAAGUACUUACAUGAUUUAAUUAUUAUUGAAAAUUAAUUAUUUAUACUAAAAAUAAAUAAAUAAGUCCUCUGUAUUAUUUACUUGUAAUUUAUAUAUUUAAUAUUUUAUGUACUUUUAAUUUUUAUUUAAGGUUUUGGGUACUACUACACGGUCUCCAUUUAAUCAAUUUCCGUACAGUCUUCAAUCGAAUGGUAUAAAUCAAAGUUCGCCCCAAUAUAAUCCAUCAAUGUUUAUUCAUGCCACUACACCAGCUGGUCAAGGUGGUACAGAAAUAUUUCAAUCCUCUAUGUCUCCCUUCCGAAUGGGACCGGUACUUUAAAUAAAAAUAAUUUGUUAUUUAAUAUAAUUAUUUAUUAAUAAUUUUUAUUUUAAUUUAUAGCCUUACAACAAUCCACCGCAAAUAAAUACAAAUUUAAAUCCAGUAUUAAUACCAAGUAGUACUAAUUCUUCGUCCUCACAAGCAAAACAGUCAUCUCAGCAGAUUGGAACCAUUGGAAAUAAAACUACAUAUAAUGCUACUACACCUCAACCUUCACCAGUAAAAUAAUUUUUACCUAUUUUUACUUUAGGUAUAUUUUUUAAAUAAAAUGUUAUAUUUUAGUUUAUGGUCCAGUAUGAGCCAAUGUUUAGUCAACAAUUCAAUUCCAUAAAUAAUCAACGAGGAACACAAUUACCAUCAUCAUCAUCAUUGUAUUCUACUAAUUCAGCAAGUAAGUUUUUAUUUUACUGUUGUAUUAUUUAUUAAGUUUAUAUUAAACCAUGUUUAUAAUAUUUAGCGGGACCUACGAAUCCUAGUUAUAUUCCUAAUGUUGCCUCUGCAUUUCAACCACAAGUGGUGCCUGGUUCAUCUGGUAGCAACACAUUUGGAAUUCCUACUGCUUUUGGUUCUCAAAAUCCACCACCACCCAAUAUGCAAAAUUAUACAUCACAGGUAAAUUCAAGAGUUAAAUACUGUUAAUGGUUGGUUUUACAUUUUUAACAAAAGAAAUAAGAAUAUUAUGUUCAAUAGAAAAUAGUUAUAAAUGUUUUAUACCAUUUUAUAUGUUAUUUAAUUUAUUAUCGAUAUUUAAACCAGGUAGUUUAAUAUUAAUCACUCUUCCCUUGUGAUAUGAUCAAAUAAAUGAUACAGAUAUACUAUUUUGAAUUAAAUGCCUGAUUUAAAUAUUAUGUGUUUGCAUUAUAUAUAAUUAUAAUUAAUUUUUAAAAUAAGGUUAUGAUGUUCACUAGAUCCUAUUUUCAUCUAAUAUUCUGUUACCAUGUUUGGAAUUCUGUUUUUUUGUUUUGUUGUGAUGAAUUUGUUUUAAAUCUGCUUUAAGUUGUCUAGUAGUCUUGACCCAAGUCUUCAUAUUGAUAUGAUCUGUUGUAGUCUUGAAGGUAUGAGGCUUUAUUAUAAGGGUGGCUAGAGAUUUAUGUUAUUAAAUGUUCUCUACUGCGCCAUAAUUUGGCUUAUACUUGAAUAUAGCAUCUCAAUUUGGGAUCCAUUUACAACUGAUAACGCCCUAUAGCUGGAAAGGGUUUUGGAAAACCUUUUUGAGAUUUGCCAGUUACUUUCUAGGUGUUUUAUGUAUGGCACACUUUUAUUAUCCUGUUGCCAAUUAUUUUGGAUUAGUCAAAUUAGUUCAAACUUUUAAAAAGCACAUUUUUGAUGUUGGUUCUCCAUCCUUACAUUCCUUAAUUAACUUUAAAGUUCCAUCUCAAUCCUCUUGUUCUUCAUACCUUUAAGUACUACCUACUACAUGAGAAAUUAAUUUAAGUGCCACCUUUCACUAAAAAAACCUGCACAUACAUUUUAUAAUAAAUAAAAAAAAUUACUAACUUUAUAAAGUAUAAUCUGUUUUUAUACCAGUAUCGCCAAGUCCCAUACAUGAAAUCUGGUAAUCUGGGUGGAAACGGCACCAACGACCUCCAAAAAUCUGGUAUUACUAAUCAACAAGAUAUUGGAAAUCCAAUGUUCUCUUCAAAUUUAUUCAGACAACAGCAAUUUUUUGAAAGUAAGUUGACAUUAUAUCAUCAUACAAUUUACAUUACUGCUUAACAUAAUUCAUUUAAUUUGUAGCAAAUAAACCAUUGAUGAAUUCAAAUCAGCAAACCCAUCAGGCUAUGCAAGGCAAAUAUAACAACUAUCAAGUCUCUUCAUCACAAAAUAAUCAGUUGGUAAGUUAAUAUAAUGUUUUUGUUAUAUUUAUUUUUUAUUAGGGCUAACUGGAAUUAUCGUUCUUUUAGCCACUAAUGCAGCAGCCUAGAAUGAAUAUAAACACUAAUAAUAGUGGAACUAUAGCUGGUAAUAUUGCACCGCAAUAUCCAUCACCUAUUCAGAGGCCAGUAUCAACGUUCCAACAUGUACAGCGAAUGCCCCCUCCACAAAACAUGCGAAUGCAACUAAAUUGUGCACCCAUGCAACACUUAAUGAACAAAAGUCAAAACUCAAAUAACUAUUUUGUAUCGAGUGCAGGUACACAGAUAUAUGUUUUCUACAAAUUUUAAAGACUAUUUUUAUUCUUUAAUUGCUGGUUAAUUUUAAAGUAUCCGUUGAUUGUAAAUAUGUAUAUAAUGUUUUUGUUUUAUUUAGGUUUGAUUGUUGAACCUCCAUUACCCUUACCUAAUAAAAUUGAAAAUUCUAAUGUGAAUGUUGAUUCAAAAGCUGAAGAAAAAAUUGAUAGUAGUUCCAAACCACAAAACACAGAAUGUAAAGAUGACAAACCAUUGGCAGUCAAUGAAUAAUUAGUACAUUUUAUCAUUUUUUUUUUUUUUAAUGAAUAUGCGAGUAGACUUAUGCAUCAUGUUAUAUGAACUCUUUGUUCAAUGCAAGUCGCUAAAUUAUAAAUAGUUGUGUUCUUUAGAAAACAAUUUAUAUAUUAAAUAAAUGUGUGUGUAUAUAUAUAUAUGUAUGUAUGUUUGUAUUUAUAUAUAUAUAUAUAUAUAUAUAUAUAUACAAAUAUAUAUGUACACACAUACAUACAAUGUAUCGUAUAAUAAUUUAUGUCAUAAGACUAUCCCAAACAAUGUUUUGAGAAUUCUUGUACGCUAUUUAUUUGUAUUAAGCAUGUUUUUCUGUGUCAAUUUUUUUAUCAUCAAUAUUAUUAUUUAAAAUAUAUGAAUAAUUAUAUAAUAAUUAACAACUAAAUAAAAAAAAAAGUUGUACUAUUCAUUUGUAGGUGUUCAGUUGUGUAUAUUUGGGUUGAUCAUUUUCUUUAAAAUAGUACAAAAUAUAAAUAUACAUGUAAUCUGAAUGUUAUAGUAUCAAUUUAUAUAAAAAAAAAUAAUAACAAAAUUACAUUCUAUUGGUACAAGAAAAAUUAUUACCCACCAAAUGGACAAGAACAAAAUUAUUAGUUAUAUUUAUAAUUUGUAUUUGAAAAUAGUAUUUGUGCGAAAAUAAUGCCGAUAUAAAUAUGUAUGCUUGUUAUUAUUAGAAUGUUAACAAUUUAAUAUUAAAUUUUAUAUUUAUUCAUUUUAUUCAACUUAAAUAUUAGAUUUUUUUUAUAAUUUUCAUUUAUAACUAUUAACGUUAAGAAUAUUUUUUUUUUAUUGUUUACUUUAUACAUUUCCCCCUCCCCGCCCCUCCGUCAUUGGUAGAUCUUUAAUUUAAUUUUUGUAAAAAAAAAAAAAUAUACAGUUUGGAGAAACAUAUUAAUCCUACCCUACACAAAUGUAAUUUAUGAUUUUUUUUUCAAGUGAAGUGUAAGUUCAAUUUUUAAAACUUUUCAUAAUAGACUAAAAAAAUUUUUUAUUAAAAAAAAGGAAAAAUAAAAAAAAAAUGUAUU